AUGGGUGACAUUUUAAUUAGACUAGAACUAUACGAUAUUUUUGGAUAUCGAGAUUUUGUUAUGUUUACUAUUGAUUUCACGAAACCGUCGCCCUUAACCGAUCUUAACGUUGGGUUUCAAAAUAGCGAUGUAAGAGUUUAUGUGAAUACUCAGUAUCUUUCAAUCCACUCUGCAAAAUUCGCUCACUUAUUCGUGCGGAUAAAACCUGGCUGUGCAGAGAGACUUUGUCCAACUACUGAAAACAAAUCUGAGUUCGGAACUUGUAGCGAUUAUGACGUAUUAAGUAUGCAGAGUGACGAAGCAGAAGUGAAACACUACAGUGGUGAAGAGAUUUUCGGAGCAAGAACACAUGACGUCGAUAACAUGUGUUUCCUCCUUCCGAUUUGGUUUCAAUUUUUGCUUCACAGACAAAAAGCUCGUGUUGGGUCGAAACAUUCUGAAGCCAUGUGCAACUGCGGAAGCAGCUGCUUUCGAAGCCGGGCGGGGAUCCGCAGGCGGGAGACGUUAUCGAGGUGGUACCUUUGUUAG